GCAUGUUUUACUCGAUUUUGGUUGAUUUCCCUUAAUUGCACAGACUGAAGCCGAUCUCUCCCUUUAAUUGUACUGCAACUUACACACUAUUGGAGUCUGGAAUUAGUUAAGGGAGAUUAGCUCGUUGCAGCACAGCUGGGAGAGGGAGCUAGUCCCAGGAUGCUUCUACCAUGGGCGGCAGCAAUGGUGAAGAAAGGUGGCCUGGGCUUGGCCGCCAUCUCUUACGUUGGUGUGGACUACCUGAGACACUUGUCCCCAUCGUGGCACUCUCGCUUGCAGCCAACGCUCUGGGUUGUGCUCGCCUUGGCCGCUGUGACUCGUGUUCCUUUUUACAGGCACUGGUCUUCUGAGUUCCGCGCCGUUAUCCCUUUUAUUGCUUCCAUGGUCUUCAUGCUUGGUGCUCUUCUUGUGGAAGCCCUUUCUGUUCGGUCUGUCACUGCCGUUCUGGGUCUCGAUUGGCAUAGCAAAGCACCUCCUCUUCCUGACACAGGCCAGUGGCUGCUCUUAGCAUUGAAUGAGAAGCUUCCUCAUGCAGUGGUUGAGAUAUUGAGAGCCCAUAUUAUUGGGUUACACCAUUAUCUGAUGUUGUUUAUGAUGCUGGGUUUUUCCGUGUUGUUCGACUCUGUUAAAGCUCCUGGCCUUGGGCUAGGUGCAAGGUACAUGUUUACCAUGGCCAUUGGUCGUCUCCUUCGAGCCAUAUCAUUUGCCUCAACAAUUUUGCCAUCUGCCAGGCCUUGGUGUGCUUCAGCUCGAUUUAGGGUCCCAUCACAUCCUCAUUACUGGGCACAGAAAUAUUAUGUUCCAUAUGCUUCAAAUACCAAUGCCAUUCGCCAGUUAAUUCAACAGGACAUAGCCUACGCCACCGUUGAAGACUACAUUGGUGAUUACAGGCCAGAUUGGGGGUCGAUGAGUUUCCUAAUUGAUUUCUUGCGACCUACUGCUUCUGAUGGAUCCUGGUACAGUUUGCUAAAGAAGGCUGGUGGUGGAUGCAACGAUUUAUUAUACAGCGGCCACAUGCUUGUUGCAGUGCUUACUGCUAUGGCUUGGACAGAAGCCUAUGGAGGUUGGGCUUCAGCUCUGAUAUGGCUUCUGGUUAUGCAUAGUGCCCAGAGGGAGAUACGGGAAAGACAUCAUUACAGCGUGGACUGUGUUGUGGCCAUCUAUGUUGGCAUCCUUCUAUGGAAGAUGACAGGUUUUAUCUGGUCAGCCAAGGAUAGGUCCACAAGGAAUAGACUCGCCCAGCUUGAGAAGAUACAAAGCCGAUUAAUCCAGGCUGCAAAAGACUCAGACAUGGAUGAAGUGAGGGAGCUUCUCAAAGAGGUUGAUUUGGCUGGUCAAGAGUCACAAGCCUUUACUGACCAGGCAAUGUGGGUGUUUGCCUGUGUCACCAUUGCUUUUGCCCUUACUGUUGUAAUCCUGGCCUUCACAUGGACAAGCGAUGGUUGAUCAAUGACCAUCUGCAUCUGCCACGUCUAUGAAGAUUUAACAAUGUAGAUUUCACAUGGAUAAGCAAUGAUUGAUUUUUUGUAGAAUUAACCACGUAUCAUUGUAUGUUAAAACAGAUUUUUUUUUUUUUUUUUUUUCUCUUGGGGUUGUUCCAUUUUAAUGUAGUUUGCUUGGUACAAUCAUGAAUUCGUGGCUUGAAGAAAUGGGAGGGAUUUCUACUCU